AUGACGCUACAGGGAGCCGCUAGACAAUAUUGGAAUUCGGUGGAGGAGCAACUAUAUCAAUUUGGACAGUCGCCUGUGACUCUAUGGGACGAGAUGAAAUUAAAGCUUCGCGAACAAUAUCUUCCCACCUUUUAUCACCAUCAAUUGUAUGAUCAAUUAUGGACCCUUUCACAAGGAAGUUUGACUGUUACUGAAUUCCACGCUCAUUUUAUUGAACACAAGAUACGUACAAGGAUUCGUGAAGAACCCGACAUCACUAUGUCUCGCUUUAUCCACGGUCUUCGUGACGAUAUCAAGCGUGAAGUCCGUCGAUUUUGUCCGCAUAUUUUGGAAAAUGCAUAUUGCCAUGCACUGGAAGCUGAAACUUUUUUGGGCCCACAACUUAGAUAUACCGGGUAUUCCUGGCUCUCUUCCACUCCUACUCCAAAUCGUAGUACUCCUAGCUCCACAUAUGGCGUUGCCGGUCCACUUGCUCCUACGGUACCCACAACAGAAAAAGGACCAGUUCCAUCCACGGCUGCUCAUAUCAACUGCUAUCAUUGCCAUGCUAAGGGCCACAUUACCUCUCAUUGUCCGCACCGAACUUUAACCAUUAGCUCCCUCAAUGAGGACUGUUGUGUGGACGUGUGUGUGGAGCCCCUUGAACCUAUUUAUGAUCCAGAACUUGAUAAUUGCUGUGAGGAGGCGUUUCACCAAGUGAGUGUCAUGCGUUGUAUUUAUUCAACAUCUACACCUCUACCUCCUGAUUCAUGGAAACGCACAAGUAUUUUUCAAACCUAUGUCCCUUGCGGCCGAGCCACAUCCCCAUCCUUUCAUGUUGGCUGGGUAGAUAACACCAGGUUACUUGUUACUGAAAGAUGUCUUGUUCCUCUUCAAUUGGGUCCCUUUCCUACCCAUGAGUGUCGCACAUGUGCUACUAGGCCGACCAUGGCUUUACGACCGUUGUCCGUCAAACCAACUAAGGAUGUUCAACCAACUCUGUUACUUAAAAAGAAGGCUUCGGAGCAUCAAUUGAGUAGUUUAUCAUCUGCAGACUUUGCACACGACCUACAAGACACUGGUGUGUCCUUUGCUCUAUUGCUUAAACCUGAAUCUGACAGCAACCCUACACCACUUGCUGAACCCAUACAUCAGUUCCUCCCUGAAUUCUCUAAUAUCAUACCUGAUGACUUCCCAGAUGAACUACCUCCAGCGAGAGAGAGUCAGCUUGCCAUUGACCUUAUUCCUAGUUCGCAAAUUCCUAAUCUUCCUUAUUAUCGUAUGAAUCCUUCUCCUUACCCCCAAAAAGGAUGGUUCUUAGCGAAGGAUAGCCGCACCGUAAAUAAUAUUACAGGUUUCAUUCCUCCUCCGGUGCCAUGUAGUCCUUCUCCUAGUUCUGCCCCUGCAUAUCAGAUUGAGGACGUCUCAGAUCAUGAAGUUGUGGCCUCGUCUCCUGGAGAUUCUACCCGUUCUCUGGUUCGUUGGGUUGGAAGGCCUGCUACUGCAGAUACUUGGAUUACAGAAGCUGAAUUUCGCCAGUUGGAUUCCACUCUUCUGCACAGUUAUCAGGAUGAUCUUCAUGAUCUUGAUUUGGUUGCCUCUCGUCCUCCCAUCAUCCAUACUUACAAACAUCGUCGUCAUCCUUUAUCUUGGUUUACUCCCCGGUGUCGAGUUCUUUUUCGGUGGGGGAGAAUGAUGCAGAAUGCAUAUUUUUAG